AUCCUCUCGAAUUAAUCUCCAUCCAUAUCUUUGCUAUCAAAACAUAGCUAGCUUAACUAGUAGCUGCAGAUCAUGUCAUCAUCUGUUCAUCUACUAUAUAACACAGUGCUAGCUAGGUGAAGUAUAUAAUACAAAGUCUCAAUUAUGUUUCGAGUUAGCAGCAAAUUAAACUCUGGCUAAAUCAAUCAGCAUGGCCUUCCAAGUGCGGCCGCCAUGGCUGCUGCUCCUCCACUUCAUCGCCGUCAUCUUCAUCCUCCCGGCCAUGGCUAGCUUGCCGGCGCCACCGUCGCCACCGGCGACGGUGUUCGACGACAACUACGUGGUCGCAUACGGCGGAGACGGCUACCACAUGAUCAACCAGGGCACGGAGAUUAGGCUCACCAUGGACAGGAGCUCAGGUGCCGGAUUCAGGUCCAAGUUGGCGUACGGCUCAGGGUUCUUCCACAUGAGGAUCAAGGUUCCUGCCGGCUACACUGCCGGCGUCGUGACAGCCUACUAUGUGGCGUCGGAGCCAGAGAGGGACGUGCAAGACGAGGUGGACUUCGAGUUCCUCGGCGACACGGACGGCAACCCCACCACCCUCCAGACCAACGUCUUCGUCAACGGCCACGGCGACCGCGAGCAGCGCCUCCGCCUCUGGUUCGACCCCGCCGCCGACUUCCACGACUACGCCAUCCUCUGGAACCCCUCCCACCUCGUGAUGUUCGUGGACGGGACGCCGGUGAGGGUGCUGAAGAACCUGACGAGCCGGGGCCCGGAGUACGAGUUCCCGGCGAAGCCGAUGCGGGCGCGGGGCAGCGUGUGGGACGGCUCCGACUGGGCGACGGACGGCGGCCGGAGCAAGGUCGACUGGGGCCGGGCGCCCUUCACCGCGGGGUACCAGGGCUUCGGCGUCGCCGCCUGCGCCGUCGCCACCGCCGGCGACACCGCGGCGCGGUGCGGGUCGCCGGACCUGUGGUGGAACGGCGACGGGUACAAGAGCCUCACGGCGGCGCAGCAGGCGGCGUACGAGUCCGUGAGGAGGAACCUGACCUACGACUACUGCACCGACAAGAGCAAGAGGAACCCUGCGCCAUCUGAGUGCAGCUUCACCUAGCCAGCCAGCUAAGAGCGUCCCAACGGUUCAUCUAAAUUUGGUCAUCUAUAUCUUUAUUUGGAUGAUCAUCUAAAACACUUUCAUCCUUUAUAUCGUUUGUACUUCAGCAGAUGAUCUAUAUAUGGUAUCCUCUAUAUUUAUUUGGAGGAUUGGAGAGAGAACAUCUAAAUAUAAAGUUCCUCUCUACUAAUAUGGAUAACAUCCAAAUAUAGAUGAUAAGAUAAUAUUCUGCUGGAGCUCAACUUUUACUCUUCAUCAUCUAUUUCUAGGAUAAA